GGAUGAUGAUGGAGUUGUAAGUCUCAAGCCAAGAGAUAAGUGGACUGCUGCAGAGAAAAAGCUAUCAAGUUGCAAUUCUAAGGCUAAGACUGCGAUUUACAAUGCUAUUGAUUCAAGCCACUUUAAGUUGAUUUCUCAAUGUGCAUCAGCUCAAAAAGCAUGGAAGACAUUGGAGAAUAUGUUUGAGGGUACUACAAGCGUUAAGAGAACGAAAUUAGAUAUGUUAGCUUCGCAAUUUGAGAAUCUAAGGAUGGAAGAAGAGGAAAAUGUGGCUGAUUUUAGUGCAAAGUUAUGUGACAUAUCUAAUGAAUCGUUUGCUCUUGGAAAGGUCUACAAGGACAAAAAGCUAGUGAAGAAGUUGAAGAGAUCAUUACCUGCAAAAUUUGAGUCAAAGAUUUCUGCAGUUGAAGAAGCUCAUAAUCUAGAUGAGAUGGCUUUUGAUGAGUUUGUUGGGAUUCUUCAAGCUUUUGAGUUAAGCAAAUCAUAUGAAACUAAAGGAAAGAUGAAGAAGGUAGAUGAAGUGAAGAAGGAAGUUGACAUUGGAGUUGCUCUUAAGGGAACAUCAACUGAAGAUUCAAUGGCUAUGUUGUCAAGACAGUUUACUAAAUAUCUGAAACGAAAGGGAAAAGAGAGGAAGGAUAGAAUUGAUGAAGAGUUGAGAAGUUCAUCAAAGAAUGUGCAAUGUUUUGAAUGCAAAGGAUAUGGACAUGUUCGUUCGGAAUGCGCCAAUCUACAAAAGCAUAAGAAGAAGGCCAUGAAUGUUGUCACUAGUGAUUCUGAAACUGAUUCAGAUGAAGAAGAAGAAGAUCUGAAGAAUUUUGUGGCUUUGACAACUUUCAAUUCUAGUUCAGAUAUAGAUUCUGCGUCAGUUUCUGAAUUAGUGUCUGCAUCAGCAUCUGCAACAGGGUCUGCAUCAGCAUCUGCAACAGGGUCUGCAUCAGCAUCUGCAACAGGACCUGCAAUUAAAAGUGAAAACGAUGAAUAUGAUAGUGAUGCAGAGAGUGUUGAUGAUGAAGAAUUUGCUGAGAAUUAUAGAGCCUUAUAUGAGCAUUGGCUUAAAAUGGUUGAAGAGAAUUCAGUGUUAACUAAGGAGAAACUCAAGUUAGAGGCUAAAGUCAUUGAAGUACAGAAAUAUGCUGCAGAAAAAGAAGAAGAAGCAUCACAAGCCAAAGUACAACUUGAAGAAACUCAAAAGAAUUUGAGGAUGCUUAAUAAUGGCACAAAGAAGUUGGAUCAUAUUCUGAAUAUUGGCAAGAUUGAUAAGUGUGGCCUUGGAUUUGAAGGAAAACUUUCAAAAUCGGAUCCAGUGUUUGUUUAUGGUGGAAAAAUCACGUCUGGAUCAGGAAGUGUGUCAGAAACAGCAACUGUGGCAGAGACUGCGUCAGGUACAAGAACUACUACGAGAACUGGUACAGAGUCUGAUACAGGAAAAGGUAAAGAACUGCAGAGUGCACCUCAACGAAUUUUUCGACCUGUUUGCCAUCAUUGUGGUAUUGUUGGGCAUAUUAGGCCAAGGUGUUUCAGAUUAUUGAGGGAGAGAAAUCGAAUGGAGAAUGCUUAUGAUAAGAGAUUUCAUGGUCCUACAUGUUAUCAUUGUGGAGUUCAAGGGCAUAUUAAGAGGAAUUGUUUCAGAUUCAUUCGAGAAUCCAGUCAUGAAGGCUUAAGGCGCAGGAAGAUUUGGGUUAGGAAAGAUGACUUCUAUGGAGGUGGUGUACUAGGCUAUCAACCUCGUGUUGCAAAGCGGGGAGAAUUUUCUAAGUAGUUUUGACCAUGUUGUGACUCAUUCAGGGGGAGAAUGAUGAUGUGUUUCGUGAUGUUGUUUUGGAGUUAGAACUGUUGAGUUCACAAACAUAGUCAAAAAGGGGGAGAUUGAAGAUGUAGCUGCAGUCUGAUGAAGUUGUUGAAUGAGUCAAGAAGUAAAACAAGAUUUUGUCUGAUGAAGUUUCUGAAUGAUUCAAGAAGUAUGUCAAGAUGCGACUGUUUUUGUGUAAGUGUCGGUUUCUAGAAGGUUUGAGAAGAUGUGUUUGGAGCGUGUUUAGAGGAUGAAUCACAAAGGAAAAAGGACUUAAAGAGAUUUGGAAGACUUGAUGAAAGUGGAGUUUGAAGAGAAAAAGGAAAAGUAUAAAAGGAAAUUUACUUUUUCUUAUGGAAAUUGGAAAUCUUCUCCUAUGGUGAUUAGGAAAUCGUUUUGGCUAUAUAAGGAGGAGCUGGGGACGUCUUGGAGAGCAAGAGAGCUGAGGCAUAGAGGCAAAUCAUUGAGAGCUUUCUAAGGGUGUGUGCGACAUAGUUUCGCGGUUUUGUGCAACUUAGUUUUGCGGGUUUUGUGCUUGUGUGAUCAAGUGGUUUUGUUUUGAAGUCUAGGCUCAAGUGGAGUUUAGCUCAGGGUUAGGUUAUCCUGAUUAAAUCUAGACUCAAGGGGAGUUUAGUUAAGGGUAGAGAUUAUCCUUAAGGUUUCACGUUAUAGAAGGGAGCGGUAGAUCAAGAGGGUUGGGCUUGUUUUACGCGUUUGCGAAUUGGUUGUAAUUUGCUUUCUUGUUCUAGUGAAAUCGAAAUCUGGACUUGGUCCCGGGGAGUAGGAAAAACCGAACCUCGUUAACAAAUUUCUUGUCUCGUUUACUUUCCGCAAUUUAUCUUACCUCAUCCGCAC